AGUGUGCGUGUGGGGUCUCGUGGGACUGCAGCAUGGCGGUGUUUGCAGAUUUGGACCUGCGAGCGGGUCCGGACCUGAAGUCUCUCCGCGGGCUGGUGGAGACCGCUGCUCACCUCGGCUAUUCAGUUGUUGCCAUCAAUCAUGUUGUUGACUUUAAGGAAAAGAAACAGGAAAUCGAAAAGCCAAUAGCUGUUUCUGAACUCUUCACAACAUUGCCAGUUGUGCAGGGAAAAUCAAGACCAAUUAAAAUUUUAACAAGAGUCACGAUUAUUGUCUCAGACCCAUCUCACUGUAAUGUUUUGAGAGCAACUUCUUCAAGAGUUCGACUGUAUGAUAUCGUUGCUGUUUUUCCAAAGACAGAAAAACUUUUUCACGUGGCUUGCACACAGUUAGAUGUGGAUUUAGUCUGCGUAACUGUGACGGAGAAACUGCCAUUUUACUUCAGAAGACCCCCUAUUAGUGUGGCAGUUGACCGAGGCCUGAGCUUUGAGCUUGUUUAUAGCCCUGCUAUCAAGGACUCCACAAUAAGAAGGUACACAAUUUCCAAUGCGCUCAAUUUGAUGCAGAUCUGCAGAGGAAAGAAUGUAAUUAUAUCCAGUGCUGCUGAAAGGUCUUUAGAAAUAAGAGGACCAUAUGACGUGGCAAACUUAGGGUUGCUGUUUGGACUCACUGAAAAUAAUGCCAAGGCUGCUGUGUCCACCAACUGCCGAGCAGCACUUCUCCAUGCAGAAACCAGAAAAACUGCUUUUGGAAUUAUCUCCACCGUGAAGAAACCUCGGCCAUCAGAAGGAGAUGAUGAUUCUCUUCCAGCUUGCAAGAAAGCUAAGUGUGAGGGCUGAAAACACUCCAGCCUCCACGGGCAUGCUGUCCCUCCCUUGUGCAGUUCAUCAGCCACAACAAAAAUAAAACCUUGAUUGUCAUUUGCAAUUUUCAUUUGAAGCUAGAAAUCAAGUCUCUAAAAAAUUUUACAUUCAGUCAUUUAACAAUAAGCAGAACCUAGUGCAGCCUUUUUAAAGGCUGCCGGCUUAAUGAAUUUAGAAACAUUUUAAGAGGAAGACAGACUGCUUUAUUUGUCCUUUGUGUAUGUGGUAAAUAACAACAGUAGACUUGAAUAAGAUGUUUCAGCAUUUCGGGACACUUUCAAAAUGUUUCCUGUUCAUUUAAAAACUCAUGCCUUUCUACUUGUUAUAUACAGUGGCUUAUUUUUUAAUCUUACCACUCAAGAAGUAAUUUUGAGGACUUUUAAACCUUACAUUAAGAGGGUGACUUAAUUGAUCUAUUCAUGUUUUAAGCUUUUCUGUCAGUGUAUUUAUCAAGUUAGAGUUCUUUCUAAAAGGAAUUGCCAUAAAAUUUAUGGAAGGAGAGAAGAUAUACAUGUAAAAUUAGACUUGGCCUCUUCCUUCACUGCUUACUUUGUGAUAUCUUUGAAAUAAGAUUACUUUUGGUUGGAACCCCCUGGAGGCCUAAUGCUGAUUUCCCUAGUAGCUGUAUUAAAAUUAUCAAAGCAUAGAAGGGGCAUUUGACAUCCCAAAUCAGAGUGUCUGGCUCAAGUCCCAGCUACUUAGCUUCUCGAUCCAGUUUUCUGCUAAUACACGUCCUUAGGAGUCAGCAGAAAAUGGCCCAAGUACUUGAAUACCUGCCACCCUUGUGUCAGGACCUCCUGGCUUCAGCCUGGCCUCUUUGUUAUCAGCAUUUGGGGAGUAAACCAGCAGAUGGAAGAUCUUUCUCUCUUGUCUUUCUGCCUUUCAAAUCAAAACAAACACAAAUUUAAAAAUAUAUAUAUCAAAGUAAUAAACUCAACUAACUAGAAAUAAUUCUUUUCAUAAUAGCAGUAUCAUCAUGUUAAGUAAAAGUAGCCUUUUGUGCACAUAUUUGCAUUUGUGCUAUAUUGAUACACAAAACACAGUGGGAUAGAGAAAGAGAUACAAUCGAGUAAGAAUUUUUUGUUUUGUUUUGUUUUGUUUUUAAGGUUUAUUUAUUUAUUUGAAAGGCAGAGUUAUGGAGAGGUAGGGAGAGAGAGGUCUUCCUCCACUGGUUCACUCUGCAGAUAGCUGCAACAGCCGAAGCUGCGCCGAUUGGAAGCCAGGAGUCAGGAGCUUCUACCUGUCUCCCAUGUGGGUGCAGGGAACAAGGACUUGGGCCAUCUUCUACUGCUUUCCCAGGUCAUAGCAGAGAGCUGGAUUGGAAGUGGAGCAGCUGGGACUCGAACCGAUGCCCAUAUGGGGAUUCCAGCACUGCAGGUGGUGGCUUUACAUGCUAUACUACAGUGCCAGCCCCAGAAUUUUUCUGAAAUGAGAAAAAGAACAUUGUUUUGAGGGUCAGAGACAACACACUUAUAAAAAAGAGAAAAGCUGGGGCAGGUAUCUUGUAGCAGGUUAAGCCUCCACUUGAGACAUACAUAUCUCAUAUUGGAGUGCCUGUCAAGUCCUAUCUGCUCUGCUUCUAAUUUAGCUUCCUGCUAAUGCAUCCUGGGAUGCUAAUGCAUUCCUGCUAAUGCAAGUAGAUGAUGUCACAAGUGCUUGGACCCCUGCCACCAUUGUGAGAGACCAAGAUGAAAGUUCCAGACUUUCUGGAAAGUUCCAGCUUCUGGCUGGCCCAGCCCUAACUGUUGCAGGCAUUUGGGGGAGUGAAUCAGUGGACAGAAGAUUGAUCAGUCAGUCUCUCUCUCUUUCUCUCUAUUGCUCUGCCUUUAAGGUAGUUGAAAAAUAAAUAAAUAAUAAAUGCCUUUUAAAAAGAAGGGUUUAUACCAAUCUCACUUAUGAAUGUAAAUGCUCAAAAAAUUAGUUAAGAGAAACCUUUAAAACAACAUGACCAGGUAAAAUUUAUCCCAGGAAUAUAAGAAUAUCUUGGAAUUGGAUUAUUUCAGUUCUUUUAAGGUAGUUUACAUUAUCAUUUUAAUAGGUCAGAUGAGAAAAAUUAGAAGCCUAAUAGAUGCCAAAAAUACAUUUGAUAAAUUUUAAUACCUCCUAUUUUUAAAAAUACAACAAUAGGGAGUAGGCAUUUAGCCUAGUGGUUAAGAUGCUUACAUUCCAUAUUAAAGACCCUUGAUUCGAUUCCUGUCUCUGGCUUCUGACUCCAGCUUCCUGCUAAUGCAGACUCCAGGAAGCAGCGAUGGUGAAGUAGUUAGGUUCUUGUCACCCACAUGGCAUACCUGGAUUGAUUUCCUGGCUCCCAGCAUUUGGCCUGGUCCAGGCACAGCCAUUGCAGACAUUUAGAGAGUAAGACAGUAGAUAAGAAUUCUAUCUCUGCUUCUCUGUCUCUCCCUUUAAAAACAAAGCAAAAACAAUAACAAUCCAUGGAAAAAUACAAAUAGAAUAUUGCACACACAUUGGAGGCCUUCAAAAAGUUUGUCUUAUGAAAAAAGCUUGCAUGAAUUUCCAAAAUUUUUGCACCAAAACAAACUCACACUGACUUCUUAUGACAUAUCUGAACAGGAUCUACUUUGAAGUACUAAGAAAGGUAAGGCAUCAGUUUGAAAAGAACACCUCAGCCAGCAUUGUGAUAUAGUGGGUUAUGCCACCACCUGCAAUGCCAGAUCCCACGUGGAUGCUGAUUCAAGUCCCAGCUGCUCCACUUCCAAUCCAGCUUCUUGCUAAUACACGUGGGAAAGCGGACGAUGGCCCAAGUGCUUGGGCCCCUGCCACCUAUUUAGGAGAUCUAGAAGAAGCUCUUGGCUCUUGGCUUUGGCCUUGCCCAGCCCUGGCUGUUACAGCCAUUUGGGGAGUGAACCAGCAGAUGGAAGAUCCCUCUCUUUGCAUAUGUCUGUCUCUCUCUCUAACUGCCUUUCAAAUAAAUAAACAGAUUUUUUUUUCCAAACAGCUCCUACUGGUGACAUAACGAGUUCAGCUAAAAUUGCAUCAAGAAUAGGCAUUAAAUUUAGGGGGAAGCUUAGGUAGUAGAAGAGUGAAAUUAUUCAUGAUGCUUUAUGAAAAGUUUGUGGGGGAGGUGCUCCACAGAAACCAGCAGUUUACAAAUGGAUAACAUUUUAAGAAUAGACAAGACAGUGUUGAAGAUGAGGCCCACAGCAACAGGCUAUCCACAUCAAUUUGCAAGGAAAAAUUUAACCUUGACCACGCCCUAACUGAGGAGGUCCUCCUGAUUAACUACAGAAGCAGUAGCCAGCACCAUAGAUGUCUCAACUGCUCCAUCUGACGCAAGUCUGACUGCAGAAUUAAAAUAGAGCAGACUUGCUGCUGUGUGAGCACCAGAACUGUUGCACCCAAAUCAGCUGCAGACAAAAGCAGCUUUCUAUGGACGUUUGAAACAACUAGGAUCAAGAUCUUGAAGCAUUUGUUUGAAGAACCGGAAAAGGAGACGGAAGUGCUGCCUUACUGGUACAGUGUGGGCCAGUCGAGAGCAAAGGUCAUGGUAACAGUCUUUUGGGUUGCUAAAGGCAUUCUGCUUGAUGACUUUCUAGAGAGCUAAAGAAUAACAUCUGUUCAUUAGGAGAAAGUUUUGAGAAAGUUAGAUAAAACUUGAUAGAAAAAUGCUUGGGAAAGCUUCACCAGAGAGUCCCUCACCCUGACAGUGCAUCUGCUCACUCCUCUUGUGACAAGGAUAUUUGGGGAGGAGUUUUGAUGGGAAAUCAUAAGGUAUCCACCCUGUAGUCCUGAUUUGGCUUCUGACUUCUUGUUUCCUUAUCCUAAAAAAAAUCUUCAAAGGGCACACAUUUUUCUUCAGUAAAUUAUGCCAAAACUGCAUUCUUAUGUGAAUGCACAGUGCCCAUAUGUAAUGUGCACAAAUAGAGUGCCAUGAGAUUAGGAAUCCUGCUGAUUGCUUCCUUCAUUUUUCAUUUUUAUAUUGGGUUAAUAUUUAAUAUUGUUUAAGAGGAGAGAGGACAUUUUUCCAUUUGGGCUUUGGGUGGUAGAUAAAGGCAGUAUAAUGAAUAUUAUGACAUUGAGUCCGGAGGGGGAGUACAACAAGACACACCUUAGGGGAACCAAAAAGCAAAGGAUUCAAGAUUGGCUUCCUUAAGGAAAUAUAGCUCGACCAAAGGGGAAAGACAAGGAGAAACGAUGUGAUGGGGUCAGGUACCAGGAGAACCUUCCACAGAGCUGGCACGGUAUAAGCGACUUCACUAGGUUUGUGAAAAAGAACACUGGCUUCAAUGUGGAAAACAGCCUAGAGGCUGGGAGCCCUAAGAGAAUGUUUGAGUAAUCCAGCUAAGAAAUAAGGGUCAUCUGAGGCUGGCGCCGCAGCUCAAUAGGCUAAUCCUCCGCCUGCAGCACCGCACACCGGGUUCUAGUCCCGGUUGGGGUGCCGGAUUCUGUCCCGAUUGCUCCUCUUCCAGUCCACUCUGCUGUGGCCCAGGAGUGCAGUGGAGGAUGGCCCAAGUGCUUGGGCCCUGCACCCACAUGGGAGACCAGGAGAAGUACCUGGCUCCUGGCUUCGGAUCAGCACGGUGUACCGGCCGCAGCAACCACUGUGAGGUGAACCAACGAAAAAGGACGACCUUUCUCUGUCUCUCUUACUGUCCACUAUGCCUGUCAAAAAAAAAAAAAAAAAAAAAAGGAUCAUCUGAACUAGGAGACACAUGCUUGCCAUUGGAUGACUCAAGACAGAUUACACAGCUGCUGGGGUAGCAUACUUGCUAAGACUUGGCAGUUGACUGAAGGAGAGGAGGGGCCAGCGCUAUGGUGCAAUGGGUUAAGAUGCCACCUGCAGCACUCUCAUCCCAUGUGGAUGCUGGUUUGAGUUCUGUUGCUCCACUUCUGAUCCUGCACCCUGCUAAUGGCCUGGGAAAGCAGCAGAAGAUGGCCCAAACACUUGGGCCCCCGCAGUCAUGUGCGAGACCUGGAGGAAGCUCCUGGCUCCAGGCUUCGGCAUGCCUAGUCCUGGCUGUUGUGGCCAUCUGGGAGUGAAUCAAUGAAUGGAGGAUCUCCUUCUCUUCCCCCUCUCCCUAUAACUGCCUUUCAGAUAAAUAAUUUUUUUUUUUUUUUUAGAGGAGGAGUGAGGAAAAGAAGGUCAAGAACAAUUUCGUAGAAUUCUCCAUUGGCCAAUAGAAAAUACCUCUCACUGAGUGAGCUCAAGAUGAAAUAUUGUGGACAAAGACUGCUUAGUGGGAAGGAAGGCAAGGAUCUUAUAGAAACUGAAGGUUUGUGUAAUGGAAACUUGGAAUUUUUCCCUGAAAUGUUAGUCAUUUCCAUUAGCAGAGAUAACUGGGAGUUGUUUUUAUUCUAAUGAGUUUAUUCCAUGUUGUAUCUCCUGCCCUCUCUUUAUUCAUGCAAAUAUUUGGCUCUCUCCUAUACCCUCCUAGCAUUUGAGGGGAGAGGGACUGGUGGGGAGGCAGAGGGGUGGUGAAAGGACUGGGAAGGAGAGAGCAGACAGAACAAAACUGCCCUGGAACUCCCAAUGCUUGUGGGAUGUGGACUCUGUGUUGGAAGGGAAUUAAAUAGAAAAGCUUCAAACAACUUAUGUCUCCAUCACCAGAUGAUUAAAAGAUGUAAGCACUCAAAAUGUCAGUCCUGUCAAAGUCCUGUGUGUGAUCUGUAUGGGUUUUGGGAGGUG